UGUUUCAAAACUUCAUGUGGAUUACUCUUCUUUCCGCAUGCUAAAAAAAUAAAAUUGGUUUUUGCUCACAAGUUCUUGGCCUAGACUUGGUUAUUUGGAGGAUAUUUUCAACUGCAAGAGUUUUACCAAAUCGGACUGUGUAUGCAUAUAAAAUACAACAAUUUCACAUUUAGGAGAAACUUGAUAAGUUAGUGAGACCUUUUGAUUUUUUUUUUAAAUCUAGAAGCCGUGAAUACUGUUUAGAGUUCAAAGUAACGAAAAUAAGCGUAUUUGGAAAUCACCGUGACAGUUUCAGUCGACAUUGGUAUGGAAAGAAUAAUUUAGCUGUAAAAUGCCUCACAUACCUAUUUCUCUGGCAACCGAGGAGGUGCAAUAAGUCGGCGAAACCGCACCUACCGCUUUCCUCGGUCGUAGUAACAAGGGGGGAAAAUGACAAGUUUCGGCCAAAAGUUCGUUUCUUAUGUUGGACAUUCAAAUUUAACAGCGGAAUUUCAAAGAAUAUGUGGGAUAAAAAAGCAUAAGGAUGUGACUGUCGAAAGUAAUGGUGUGAACGGUGAGUUUUCGAGGAACACCGGGUGGGAGAGCACCGGUAGCAUCACUAAAAAAGCCAAUGGAUCCGUGGCUAAAUUGUCCAGCAAUGGGUGUGAAUCAUCAGCUACGAUUGUGUCAAACGGUCAUGGAAAGCACAUAUGCAACGGCACAAGCCACUUUAGUAAUGGAGUGAAAGAAAGAAGCCAUGUAAAUGGAAAAAAUGGCUUCAAGAACCAUGAUCAAGUAAACGGCCUGAACGGUUUCACCAACGGCAAUGGAUAUUUGCGUCACGACCAUCUCAAUGAAAAUGGAAAAGACAAAAAACACUCAGAAAAUGGUCAUGGUGGUCAAGAGCAAUCAAACACAGGGACUCAGUCCUCUGAAGUGUCGAACUCGGACAGUUCUCCAAAAUACACAAUUGAAAAUUACUUAUUGUAUUACAUUUUUUCAUUUGGUGCAAGCCUUGGGAAUGAAGUUUUUUACAUAAUGUUUUUCACAUUCACUAUCUGGAACUUUGACAGUUUUGUGGUUAGAAAAGUUUGCAUUGUGUGGUGUGUCAUAAUGUAUGUUGGCCAGGCUGCAAAGGAUGUAAUUCGGUGGCCAAGACCAAAUUCCCCCCCAGUUGUGCGAAUGGAAGAGCGCUAUGAAUUGGAGUAUGGUAUGCCAUCGACGCAUGCGAUGGUUGGAGUCGCAAUACCUUUUGGCAUGAUAGUUUUCAUGUCAGGAAGAUAUGAGUUUAAUUUUGCAUUUGGCCUACUGUUUGCCAUAACAUGGAGUGUUCUAGUCAGCUUCAGUCGUCUGUACCUGGGCAUGCACAGUGUUUUGGAUAUCUUGGCUGGGAUCUGUUUUGCCUUUUUCCUGAUGGCAUCGACAAUGCCGUUUGUGGACCCGAUUGACCAGUUCCUGAUCUCUCACCCGAACGCGAUGCCUGUGCUGGUGACAACGUGCAUGGCCCUUUGCCUUCUAUACCCGUCGCUGGACAAGUGGAGCACGGCCCGAGGGGACACCACCCUCGUCCUGGCCGUCUUCUCAGGCAUCUACGCCGGACUCUGGCUGACUGGCGCGCUCACUGAUUUCGAACCGGCUAAAGACUCACCUCCUUUUGUGCUGGGAUUGCCUACCCCCAGAGAGGCUUUUCUUGCUCUGCUGCGUCAAGUGAUUGGUGUGUUCUUUGUCGUGAUUCUUUUGACGGCUAUCAAGACGGCCGUGCUGCGAAGUCUCUCAUACGUGUUUGGAUACGAUCACAAGGACCCAAAGACAAAGCAACAUCUUCUUAUAGAGCUGCCCUACAGAUAUGUGUCUUACUUUGUUUCUUCAACGGCUGCUGUGUAUGUCAUGCCUCUAUUAUUUCUGAAACUGAAUAUAGAAAGACAGAGUUACUACUCUGAGGUAUUCAAUUACUGAUUUUGUAACUUAUUCUAUUUCUGUUACCACCUCCGUUCUUUCUGAAAGUUUUUUUCUUUGGAACUAUACUAUUAUAUAUUCUCUUAAUAUGCAUCCUGUGCUCCUCUAUAUAUCAUGUCUUACUGAUUCCUGGAUCAUGGUGCUCAUGUAACCGUCUGCUUCAACCAACAUGGAGCCCAUGCACUGAGCAGAUUUCGCAUUUUGAUGGUCUCAUGGCCGGCAUGUUCUUUGAGAAGCAUGCAGUACCUUGCUUCAAGUUGUAACCCUUUAUGUCUCUUUUGUUGUAAGAAUUAUUUGAAUCCAGCUAGGGCUCACCAGCAGCUGCUGAGUGUGAAGUAACCGAGAAGAUCAUAUACUCAGACCUUGAAUAUAUAAGGGGAUUCAUUUGUUCUGUGACCUAUUUUUUUUUUUUGCCUUCAUUUAUUCAUCAGUUUGAUUUGUAGAGCAUUUUACAAAAAAUAUCUUUGUUUUGAAACUGGUCGACUGUUCACUGAGUGUGUUAGUUUUAUAGUGUUUAUUUAUUUACCCUUCUCUAUACUGUAGUAUACUUUGAGUGUAGUAUGUUGUUGAACACGAAAGUUUUGCUAUAAUUUUGUAUAACAGUGUGCAGAACUGUUAUAUUUAAUGUUUUCGGUUUGAAGGCUUUAGUACUGAAUUUGGUUGUUUGCACAGCUCAGUUCAAUUAAUGGCACUGAAUGACAGUCCAAAGUUACAAAAAAAAUUACCGUUUUGAUUUUUUAGGGACAAGUCUUUUCAUUUAGGACGUCUUUCGUCAGGGAACUGUGCGGUCUGACAAUGGGCGGUGAAAUACUUGUGCAUUUUUACCAGUCUUGCAUUCUCAAUCUCAAUCUCAGGGUAUAUGAUAUGGUAUACACAUAUUUCAUUAGGCUUUCUUUUGCACUCUUGUAUGUAGAAGUCUUGCUAUGACUUGUAUAUAUAUAUAUAUAUAUGAAAUUGAAUCUUUCGGAUUUUACUUCUCUGGAAUAUGUGCUACAACAGUAAGUCAUAUUUUUUCCCCCCUAAAUUCAUAUCCAGAUUGCAUUUUUGAAUUGACUUUAAAAAAAAAAAUUCAAUUUGAACCGAAAGUGUAGGAUAUUGUGAAAGUAGAUAUAUGCUUCUUUCAUCACAGAUGUUGUGGUUGAUGAAUAAUGUGAUGAAUUUGUACUGUUGAUAUGAGUUUAAAGUAAAAGGUGCUUUGCAGCUGUUUUGGAGGUUGCUUUCAAAAGCGACUGAGUAUCAAUGAAAUAGAAAAUAUCUAUGCUCUAUUGAUCACAAGGACAAAAGUCCUUUUUCAUAUUUUAACAAUAAAUCUUGCUUGAAUUUUUUCUAUUCUACUGCUCAUCGCUGUAAAUGAAGUAAAAUGUUUAUAGUGUGGAAGGAGAUGGUCUCUGCGUAUGCAGCAUUAGGCCAAAAGCCAUGAGAAGAGCUCGUUGUGCCAUUACGGUGAGGCUGUUAUAACUGCAGUUGCAGUUAAUGGUACCCUGAAUUGAGGUGUCAAAUUCAGACUUGACUUUAAAAGUUUGUAGUGUGCAUUCACAGUGGAAGCAAGCUUUUGGAGUUGCAGUGGUGAAGUUGGUAAGUAGUGCUUUAAAGCUAUUAUAACUGGUUUUUGCUUGUGCAUUAGCUACCAUGAAUUAAGGAUUUUGAGUAAGGCUUUGUAGAUUAUUCUUGGUACCAAUGUAUCUGCCCUGAUGUCUGAGAAAAGUGCUAUUAUGUCCACAGAUUUAUUACAGUAAAUUUUCUAGAAGAGAUGUGGGUUAAAAUAAUGAAUGGCUUUGGUGAAAUUGUUCUGAGCUUAUUUUGGAGACAGGAACAACUUUGUGCUGUUGUUUUUCACAACUCUAGCAUUUAUUGGUACAUACAGAAUGGUCCCAGAAUAAUCUUUUACCCUCCCCUCCCCUGAUCUUCUGCUGCACCCGAAUCUGAAGGGCUAGGCCCUUCAUAAACCACCCUUCUAAUUUUACUUCGAUAUCUGUCCUUUCAAAGGUCAGCGCUACAUUUUUUGUGUGCGUUUACCAGUUUAUCUUCUAAGUUUAAAGUAUGUUAGACUGUACUCAUUGUUUCUCUGCCUAUGCUCAAGUUCUAUUAAUCAGUAUAUUGUCCAUAACAGGAAGCUCAAAUGUGCAGAUACGACCUCUCUGUUGUCUGUUACUCUUUAAAGUCUUCACUCUAUGCUCAUAGUAAGUAACUCACACCAUGUCGUUUUGGCAAGUAGUCUGACUGUUUUCAUUCUUCUAAAAAGCAAUAUUGUUUUUUAAUUGUUUUCAGCCCAUCUCCUGUUGUUUAAUGUUUACUUCCCCCCCCCCCCCCCCCCCCCAAAGCAUUAAAAAUGCUAGAUUAGUACUUCUUGUGUUAAAGUUAAGUACUUGCUCCUUAUCUUCAGCUGUAUCUUUCUAUCUACUGAAGUUUUGCCUUUCAAAAUUUAUUACCAUUAUUGCUGUAAAGAUUUUUAAAAUAAUUAUAACAAAUAUAAUAUAAUGGUGAUUGUUUUUUCUCUGAUGGUGGCCAUGAUACCAAUGGUUUGACACAGCUCGUUAUGUGCUUCAAUACUAAGUUGUACAGUAUUUGAUGGUGAGAGCAUGUUCUCAAAUGACUCCGCUGGUUUGUCCUAUUAUGCUAUUGAGAUCCCCAACAGAAAUAUUUGUGGGUGUAUUUUACUAGUUUAUACGUCGCGAGUAACUUUUUAAUUUGUUAAUAGAUUUAGGUCUUAGUUUUGUCUUUUUUAUUAAUUAUGUGGGUGUUCUUUUUUUCAUGAAGUUUUGCUGACAGUUUUCAGGAAUUUACAGUCCUAUUGUGUCAUAGUCUUUGCGGAAAUUUUGCUUUGAAACAGAACAUCUAGUGUAUUUGGGAGGGACAAGGGGUGUUCAGUCAAUAUGCUCUGUAUUCAGUUUACAAUCAAACUAGCAAAGUUAAAAUUUUUUAUAUAUAUAAAACUUGAUAGCAUUAGUAGGUAUCAGUAGACGAUGUGUUGAAGUUCAAGUGAUUGAUCUGCCUAACGGAAAGGUCAAGCCACUGUACACUAGUAGUAUUGAUACGAAGCUGGUAUUCAUUCUGUUCUAUUGCCAUUAUUAUGUUGUAACUUUUACUAAUGUUUUUAUUUGCAACAGUUUCAGAGUAAUGAAAGUUUUUUGUUUCUCGUGAGCAUGCAAUUUGUGGGCAGAAUGUAGUUUUAUUUUAAUUUAGCAUGCAGUGUGUGGGCAGUACAUAAUUUUGUUUCUUUUCAACCUGUAGUCAUGGCCCGGUAUUCAUUUAAUCUCCACCGCGCCUGUAGUGCGUUUGUUUUUGUCACUGAGAUAAAAGAGAGAGCCAGUACAGAAAAAAGAAGCUGAAUCACGUCUAAAUACUCCAACAUAAAUGUGAUGUUAUUUUUUUGUAUAAUGUAUUUAUGCACAAUCAUUGUUUUCUACUACUGCAUUGUGAAUAUACUCAUUUUGUACUCAACAUUGUUAAUCAAUCUUAUGCACUCUACCAGUUUAUUGUCGGAGCCCCUUUUAUUUCUUGGGGGCCAUGAAAACGCGAGCAUGCUGUUACCGCCCUUCCAGGCUCACUCUUUCUAAUGGAAAGUAUAACGUUAUCAAUGUGUUUCUUUACUUUAUUUCAAUGAGCAGACACGAGAGCCAAAUGCUGUAUACAUUGGCCAAGAGAGUAUAAGUUAUAGUAGGAGAAUGUUUAAUACUAGUGGUAUGGUGCCGUCUUGGGUAGAUGAGACUUAUUUCCACUUGUUCAUAAAACGUUUUUAUGAAAGGAAAAGGCUCUGUGGUUGCCCAGGUAAUAUGGUUCUGUACUUUAUUAAUAUGGUACUGUACCUAUGUCCGAGUCUGAUUCUUGAUCGAGGUGGACGAUUGAUAAGACACGCGUCUCCGGUACAGCUUCUGCUUGAAUUGGAUUCCUGAUCUAGGUCUUCAGGAGCAGUGAUGUUUUUUCUCCUCUUUUCUGUCAGAGAUGGACGUUAAUCAUGAUGUCGUGUCUCAUGACCUGUGUUGUGUUAAAAAGAGGAGUAAAAAUAGAAAGUGUCAGUAAGACAAAUUGUUUUGAGAGCAGCCCCAAUAUCCACUGCAUUUUACAACUGCUGUGAUCUGUCUUGGUAUCUUUUUUUUUUUUUUUAAAUUAUAUUUCUUUUAGCAUCCGAUAAUCAAACUUGUUUGCAAAUUGUUCUUGUUUUCGUGCAUCAUUUAUCAUGCUUUUUGUUCUCCCCACUCAUAAUUUGAUGAUGCACAAAGAAACCAUUCUUGUUUUUUACCAUUUACAAAGUUUCACAUUUUUAGUUACCGCCAGUCUAUGGCAGCUUCAUAGUGGAAGCUCACUGAGUGUUCAUCAUUCCUCUGCGAUCAUUGAUAUUACAGAUAAUCAAACCCUUCUUUGUUUGUCAGCACAUAUUUCUCCCUCUUUGUUGACCACUGUCUGUAUUGGACUGCAAACUGCUGUAGACAUCUAGCAUUAUCAGGAGAAGGUUUUUGUAGUUUACUUUGCAUGCUGUUUUUGUCAUCAGACAUCAUGGCCAAGUCUGUGGUGAUUGUUUGCAUGAGUUCAGCCUGGCGAACUGGGUGUUCAGAUAGGGAAUGUUUUUGAAGGAUUUUUUUUCGUUGGUUGUUUUAGUUUCAAAAUUCUUUUGUGGACUCAGGUUUCCUUUUGUUGUGGGUCUAAUCAUCAAACCCUGUGUUUUUUAAAGUAGAAUUUUUAACUCUUCAGUAUGUAGAUAAUGUUUUAAACUUGUAGUUGCUUGUGUUUUCAAAGAUCAAAGAUUGUUUUUACACUCGCUGUGUAUGACUCUUACCUUGGUUUUGAUGGGCAGUUUUCAACGCAUUCCAGGAUGUUGUGGAUAUGCGGAGGUAAAAUGCUGUGCUCUUAUCAGAGGCAUAUUGGAUUGUGAUAGUGGAUGGGAUGGCUAAUGGGGAGGGGUUUGCAGUAUCUCUCAGUUGGCUGGAAAUGACACCAAUGCCGUUAUGGAGACGGAUGGGCUACUGAAGUCUUCUUUGAUUGAUACUGUAUUCUCUUAGUUUUUUGUUUUUUGGGGGGCGGGGGGGUUGUUUUCUUGCCAGCUCUUCCCCUUCCCGGGCCACCCUCCACCCUGUUGGUGAUGUAUAGUUCUGUCAUCAUUGUCUGUCGUCCCUGGACUUAUAAAGCACUGUUGAGACCCCUGUUGUGUUCUCAGUAUUAUUGAUGGUUCGUCUCUUGAUCCGUCCGACCACCCGGAAAGUUCAGUGGGUCAUUUCAGCCAUGUUCUUUUAUUUUCAUCUAUCUCUUUCUUCUGUCGCUGCUUCCUCUUUAAGCUAGACUACCGUUGUUUCUGUGCAGUGCAAAGAAAUUUUGUGUAUAUUUUGUUGAGGGGUUGGGGGGGGGAGGGGGGUGUCCUUUUUUAAUGUUUUGGGGGAGGAGGGAGAACCAGGUCGGUUGGCCUAUGUAUAGUUUCAUUUACUUUGUAAAAUUGGAGUCUCAAGAAAAUAAUGAUUCUUGUUUAAGUACUGAUGUUUUUUGUGAACCUGAUAUUUUUUUUUCUUCUGACAUACGCUGAUUGCGUGUAAAGGUAGACUGUCAGAUUUGUCUUGGAAUGCAAAAAGUUGGUGUCAGUUCUGUGCACAGUCAGAGUAUAUCAGCACUGCUUUAGAACCUGUGUUGUUGCACAAUCUUAUUGUUUUAAAUGAAGGCUUUUGUGUUUUGGGAUGGUGGGCCUAGGCUUGCCACGUCUUACUUCACACUUUAGUUGAAAAUCUUACACCAUGUGGUUACGUUCAAGCAAAGAAUACAGGUACACUGUUUUAGAUUUACAUGGAUGAUAUGGAAGGAAUUUGUCAGGAGUUGGAUUUUUAGACUUGUUCGUUUCGUUUUUGGAGUAAUAACAUCGACUGAACUUAUGGCAAUUCAAGAUACAUACCAAAGCUUUAUUUUCUUGACAAAGUGCCCUUUUUCCUCUUUGGUUUUCUUUCAUUCACUGGUAAUCUUCAACUGAAUUGUUUUCUUUGGUUUCUGUGUAUUAUGUUUUUUGGGGUUUUUCGUGUUGUUUUUUUCCUUGUGUUGCUUUGCAAUAAGCUGUAAUAUGUGUACAUAAACCAUUGACAGUUUUAUAAGUCAAAGAAGAUAGAGUGUCAUUAUCACAGAAAACCAUUUUUGUUUACAUUCUUUUUUUUCUGUCACAAUGCUCCCAUAUGAAUGCUGUAUAACCAUAUGAGAACUUUAAUUCAG